CGCAUAAUGUUUUGAACUUCGGAACAGAACAGAAGUGUAUCAGAUUUCAGAUUGCCUCCAGUGCCUUUGCAAGAGUGCUUUUACAACCGAACAAAGUGCGCGAGCUAAUUGUGGAAAACUGUAGUGUUUGUCUGGAAAAACACGUAAUGGACAUGCUUCGUUUUUGCCUCCUGUUACAAUUAUGCGUUCUGGCAGUGUCUCAAAAGACAGUUUUAGAUUCACCGAUAAAUCUGUAUUUAUAUCGUCAAGUUCGUAAUUGGUUUCUGCAAAAUUUCGGAAUGAAAAAUGAGGAACGAUCGUUCUUAGCACAAAAUCUGAAAAGUUUAGUCGAGAAGGAGGUUUCAAAAAAUGUUCCAUUCCCUUGCAACGUUACAGGUGGUAGGUCUUCUAAAAUCCCGGAGUCAGUUCACCGUUUGAGGCCAGGUGACAUAGAUGUUAUUGCCGCGAUGGGUGAUUCUUUGACAGCUGGCAAUGGACUUUUCGCGACUAAUUUGUUGGAAGUGUUCAUCGAAAAUAGAGGCGCGACAGCAUUAAUUGGUGGCCAGGGAACUUGGCGAACAUACUUGACAUUGCCUAAUAUUCUUAAAGAAUACAACCCGAAAUUAAUAGGCUACGCGUAUGGAGAUUCUCUAACUAAUCAACCAGGUUCGCAAUUGGACGUCGCUGAAAUUGGCGCAAUGUCCAGAGAUAUGCCGUUUAUGGCGAAACAUCUAGUCGGGAGAAUAAAAAACGAUUCUAGAAUAGAUGUGAAGAGACACUGGAAGUUGAUUUCCCUGUUGAUUGGACACAAUGACUUUUGCACCGAUAUAUGCACACUUUCCUCUCCGUGGUCAGUUUUGGACAACCACAGACUUGAUCUAAUUAAUACUUUUAAAAUAUUAAGAGAUAAUUUACCAAGAACUCUCGUCAUUCUUCACGUAAUGGCUAACUUGAAGGAACUUGUUGCUGCACGUCAAGGAAAAAACUUUUUGAAAUGUUAUUUAACGACUACCUUUGAAUGUCCAUGCUUAUUUGCUUUGCAAUUCAGAGAUCAAAGGCAGAAGUAUUUUGAAAUAAUGGAAAGGUGGCAAAACAUAGAAGAAGAAGUUGCUGAUUAUCCGGAAUUUCAUACAAAUGAUUUUACUAUAAUAGUUUCAUUAAUUCUCAAAGGAAAACUACCGCUUGCCGAGGAUGGACACAUCGAUUUGUCGUAUUUAUCUGCUGAUUGUUUCCAUCUGAGCCAAAAAUCUAAUGCACGAAUGGUAAAUAGUGUGUGGAACACUUUGUUCGAACCGAUUGAUAAUAAGAGUACUAAUUGGGCUCCUAUAUAUGAAAAAUUUUUGUGUCCUACUGCGGAAAUACCAUUCUUCCUAACGCGUGAAAAUUCAAAGGGGAUCAACAAAGUUGAAGGAUAAAGAUUUUUUGUAAUUGAAGAUGUGUCUCCCUGUUUUGAUUUUGAAUCAGAAAACAAUGAAAUUUAGUGAUUUAGUUGAAUUAAAGUGCCAUUUUUACGAUUAAAUUUCUUUUGUCAAUAAAAAUAUUUACUUACAAUAAAUAACGAAGUUACUUUUAUUUUUUCCCACGCAUGUGAUAUCAUCUCGAUCUUUAUUUUUUUUUUUAUUGUUGCCCCUCGUAUUUUACUUUUAAUGUUACUAUUGUAUAUUUUCUAUUAAUUAUUGUGUACAUACACGAUUCUGAAGAAUGUAUGUGUAAUGUGUCAAUGAGGUGUUGAUGGAUUUUAUUUCCGAACGAUGAUGAAACUAUUUUUAAUUAAAAACUAAUUACUCUAUGAUGAAGUUACUUUAAUUAUUCAUAAUAAUAAUUUCGCAUUUUCCACUGUUUUCGCAUGUGAUGUUCCAAUCUUCAUUUUUUUUUAUUGCAUAUUUUUUUAUUAAUCAUUGUAAUCAUCACACGUUUCCUAAGAAAAAAGAAUGUAAGAGUUGAUAGAUUUUAAAAAAUGUUUACUUUUGAACUAUACAUCACCAGAAUGUUUUAACUAUUUUGUAUUGUAUUCUGUACGAUUCUUAAUAAUUUAUUUGUUCUUCAUUUUCUACUUGUUAAUUGCUAAAAAUAAUCUUAUAAAUGGAAAAAUUAAAAUUAUCAUUGUAAGAACAUAUCGAACUACAAAAAUUAAUGUAUGAAUUAAUAAAUGAAAUACUAAUUAUUUCUCUAAUUGUUAUUAUUGAGACCACUUCUAAUAUUAUUAUUUAUUCAGUAUUCAGUAUUCAAUAUUUGAUCGAUGCACGUCUAUUCUGAAUUAAUAUACGAUUUAUAUAGAGGUUUCAUGAUUCUUGAAACAUUCCUUUUCAAUUGUAAAAGCAGAAUAUUAAGAAGCAAUGCAGAUCGACUUCUGCAAGACUGUUAGUUUUCUGUAGGAUUAAAACAUUCAGAUAACAGAAUGAUGAAACAUCCGAUUUAGAAUAUAAAGAAAGUAAAAAUUCCAUUGCAAAUACAUACGACGAAGGUUUGGAAAAUAUGUUUACAAAUGGAGUAUAAAAAAAUGUCUUGUUUCUACGCUAGUUAGUUAGUUAUGGAAAAGAUUAAUAUACAAUUUCAGUAGUUUUCAGAAUUGUUGA